UUAACAUGAUUGCAAAAAAAAUGUAAAACGUCAAUAUGAUUUUUAAAUAAUUUACAAUAAUUUAGAUAAAAGAGACUAUCUUUAAUAAUAAGACGAUAAAAUUUAUUUGUAUUUAUCAAUUCCAAUCAAUGUAGAACGUAAUCAGGUGAAAUAACUAAUUGUAUUUUAGUAAAAUCAAUAUGAAACAGUGUAGCCAUUUAGAGGAGUCUGUCAACGACUUGAAUGAAAUUGCCAACAUUCUAACUGCUAGAGAAUGUUGGUCGGAGUUAAAAUGUUCAGAUUGUGAUUGUCACGGUCCAAACCUGUGGUUGUGCUUGAAAAAAAACUGUUCCCAUAUAGGAUGUGCGGAAAAGUCCAAUGAUCACAGUACCAUUCAUAAUGCGAUGGAUUCAACACACUGUAUUCACAUGAACCUGUCAACACGCCGAGUGUGGUGUUAUAAAUGUAAAGGAGAAGUUUUUCUAGGCUCUAAUGGCAUGGUGAAUACGACAGUUUAUGAAAAUAAUCAAGAUGAAAAAGAUACAUCUUCAAAUAGGGACACAAAUCACGGUAGUUAUAGCCCUUUAAGAGCUAAUAGUCCAGAUAGAGUUGUUGUUAUAGGAACAAUUUUCGAAGAUAGUGUUGGGUUGAAUGUAGGAAUGAGUGGAGAAGGGGAUGCGUCCGAUUCAAGUGAUGUAGGAGAGAGUAUUGAUUAUAAUUCUACAACAAGUAACGGUGGCCUAGUCGGACUUCAGAAUAUUGGAAACACCUGUUACAUGAACGCAGCGUUACAAGCCUUGAGCAAUACAGAGCCUCUAACGAAAUAUUUCCUCGACUGUGGCCAGAUAGUGCAUUGGUUAUCGGAAGGCAAAAAGCCGGGACUCAGCCGCACCUUUCAAGCGCUGCUCCGAGACAUGUGGUUGAAGAAGACCAGUCAGAGUUUCGUAAAUCCUUCGGGAAUAUUGUACGGCAUUCGAAACGUGUACGCCAUGUUUCGCGGCUACCACCAGCACGACACUCAGGAGUUCCUGAGGAAUUUUAUGGAUCAGCUGCACGAAGAACUGAAGCAACCGGUGGCCGCCGAGUGCGGAGGCCCUGCCUGCGAGGGAGACACUUUCAGCCUGGCCAUAGAGGAGCCGCCCACGCUCAGCUACGACUCUUCCGAGGGCGAGUACGAGACGUGCGAUUCGGGAGUGAGCGAGAGGUCGUCACUCAGCGACGACUCGGAGACUCGACCGGGGACAGAGACGGCGGUUUCAGGGGGCAAGAGAAGAUUGAGCGAGUGCCAGAGCCCCGCCCGAAGACAAAGACCUCGAGUCGUCGCGUCGCCCGUUAUAGACGCCCAACCCCAAAGUACCAGCGCCCGCAAGCCGGUAAAGUACCGGUCCAUCAUCUCCGACAUCUUCGACGGCAAACUGCUGUCCUCGGUGCAGUGCCUGACCUGCGACCGCGUCUCCAGCCGGGUGGAGACCUUCCAGGACCUGUCCCUCCCCAUCCCCUCCAAGGACCACCUGGUGCUGCUGCACGGGCGCGCCUCCGUGCCCAGCGCGACGUGCACGGACGCCGUGGCGGCCCCCGCGCAGGACGGCUGGCUCUCCUGGCUGCUGGCGUGGCUGCGCUCCUGGUGGUACGGGCCCGCCGUCACGCUGCACGACUGCCUCGCCGCCUUCUUCAGCACGGACGAGCUCAAGGGCGACAACAUGUACAGUUGCGAGCGCUGCAACAAGCUGCGCAACGGCGUCAAGUACAGCAAGGUGCUGCAGCUGCCCGAGGUGCUGUGCGUCCACCUGAAGCGCUUCCGGCACGAGCUGAUGUACAGCAGCAAGAUCGCGGCCGCCGUCAGCUUCCCGUUGCGCGACCUGGACAUGUGGCCCUACUUGCAGGACGACCAGCCGCGGCCCAAAGUGCCAAACCCUGCGUGCGACCGGGACACCACCAAACCGUCCACGUACGACCUGUUCUCGGUGAUCUGCCACCACGGCACGGCCGGCGGAGGCCACUACACCAGCUUCGCCCUGAACGGGGGCCAGUGGUACGAGUUCGACGACCAGUACGUGACCAGGGUGAGCGCGGAGCGCGUCCAGAACUGCGAGGCCUACGUGCUCUUCUACCGCAAGAGCCAGGCGGCCGCCGAGGGCGUGAGGCGCCAGGCCUCGCGCUUGGCCGACGAGGGCGCGCCCAAGGCCCGCCUGUCGCGCCAGUGGCUCGCCCGCUUCCGCCACUGCGCCGAACCGGGCCCCAUCGACAACUCGGACUUCCUGUGUCGCCACGGGGCCCUAGAUCCAGACAAGGAGCCGCUGCUGGAGCGCCUGGCCGUGCGGGUGCCGCUGGAAAUGUACGAGUACCUGCAGGAACGGUUCGGAGGCAGCGCUCCGCCCGAGGACUCGGCCUGCCCCGCGUGCACGGCGCUCCAGCACCGCGUCCUGCGCGAGAUGGAGCAGUUCCUGGAGGUGAGCAGGGAGGCGCAGGCGAAGCGGCCUCCGCACACGCACUACCUGUCCACGGGGUGGUACCUGCGGUGGCUGGCGUUCGUGCAGCGCAAGGUGGCCGACCCGCCGGGCCCCGUUGACAACGGCGCGUCGGAGGAGGAGAAGGCCGACGUGCCCGAGACGGUGUGGCGCUUCUUCCACGGCAUUUACGGCGGCGGGCCGGAGUUCAGGGUGCCGCCGCGCGAGGCGGACCGGGAGGGGGAGAGCGAUGGCGAGGAGAGGCCCGAACGGGGACCUGCCCAAGGUAACCGCAGGAAAAUGUUAUACCGGGCGUUUCUCAAAAGUGGCUUGACCCUGUACGAGCGAUCGAAAGUAUUUGAAUACGUGAAUCGAUCUCGAUUUACGUCAUAAUAUACUAACGUCACG